AUGCAGAGACGGAGUCCUCCGAAGCACCGGCACGAUGGGACUUCGCCGCUGCCCCUUGGGAUGGAUUGGAGUCCUCCUCCGCGUAAAUGGAAUGGGCGGGACACAGUUUGGCCACAUGAUCCUCGCACAGGGUGGAGUUAUUGUGUCAUUAUACCCUCCUGGGUUGUCCUUCCAAAAUCAAGAAAUUCAGAUCCCGUAGUGUUCUACAGGGUUCAGGUUGGUGUACAAUCACCAGAAGGUAUUACAACUACAAGUGGAGUGCUAAGAAGAUUUAAUGAUUUUCUGAAGUUAUUUAAUGAUCUUAAAAAGGCAUUUCCCAAGAAAAAUCUCCCACCAACUCCACCCAAGGGGCUUUUGCGGAUGAAGAGCCGGGAACUGUUGGAAGAGAGAAGGUGCUCUUUGGAGGCUUGGAUGACAAAGCUGCUUUCUGAUAUUGAUAUAUCAAGAAGUGUUGCAGUUGCAUCCUUCCUGGAACUAGAGUCUGCAGCUAGGUCUUCAUUCCAAGAUGCAAGUCAAAACACUUCAGAAGUGAAUUCACUUCAAUCGCCUUCCAAUUCUGCCUUACCUGUCAUUGUUGGUAGUUCAUCAAUCGCAUCAGAUUAUGGAAGUGAUACCGCUUAUGAGACAUCUGAGCUAGGAACACCUAGGCAAGCAAGGGAUGACAGUUCUGAAAUUGGUAUCGAAGAUCUUUUAUUGGAUGAAGAUUUAACAAGCCCAAUAGAAAAGCUUGUGAAGUAUGGCAUGACCAAUAUUGACGAAGGACUGUUUAUGGGACAGACUAUACUAGAGCAGUUGGAAGGCCUUCCUAAGCAUAAAGUGCAUGCAAGAAAUGUCAAUAAUGUUAUAGGGAAGGAUACAUAUAAUGGAAAUUCUUCUAAAACUUCAAUUCAAGCUCGUAAUGGAAUGGAACUUUUCUCUGCACCAGAGCAUAGUAAAGUAUUCGGCCAUUCUCGCAAGCUCUCAAAUGAAAGUGUGGGAAGUGAUGUUAGUUCUCAAAGAGGUAGUGAAAUGUCUAACUCUGGGGUUCCAAAUUCAUCUGGUGAUGGUUCUUUCGAUCUUGUUGGAGGUGCCGAGGUUUCAAGCAUCAUGGAAAUUCUUGGCAAUGCAGAGUUACAAACUUCAGGUGGCACUCAGGUAGUUCUCCCGUUAGAUCAGCGGCAUAAAUUGAGCAGGGUUCUCUUGACUAUGCAACGAAGACUAGUCACGGCAAAAACAGACAUGGAAGAUCUUAUUGCUAGGUUAAAUCAAGAAAUAGCAGUGAAAGAUUACCUCACAACAAAGGUCAAGGAUUUGGAAGUUGAACUUGAAACUACUAGACAGAAAAGUAAAGAAAACCUGCAGCAAGCUAUUUUAAUUGAGAGGGAAAGGUUUACCAAAAUGCAGUGGGAUAUGGAGGAACUCCGGCGGAAGUCGUUGGAAAUGGAGUUGAAGUUGAAGUCUGAACAGGAUAACAGGUUGUGUGCAGAUGCAACAAAAGAUUCCACUGUUCAGGAGAAAGACAUAAUGCCACAGGAGUUGGAUCCUUUUAAGGAGCAGCUUGAGAAUUUGUCAAAGCGAUAUGAAGAGCUAGAGGCAAAAUCUAAAGCAGAUAUUAAAGUUCUUGUUAAAGAAGUUAAAUCCUUACGCAGUUCCCAAAAAGAACUGAAGCAUGAACUCAGUAAAUCACUAAAGGAGAAAUCUGAAGCUGAGAAGCUUCUCCAACAGGAAAAACAAACAAGCAAGCUUGGAGAAACUGCUAGAGAAAGAUUGUUGCAUGACUGCAGGAUUCUUCAUAAGCAGCUUCAAGAGUGUAAUAUCAAUUUUCCUGCAGACCCUUCAAUGCUACCAGAGGCUUCAGAUUUGUUGGCAACAUCAGACAACCGUAUUGGCCUCCUACUUUCAGAGGUACAGCUCCUAGCUCAAGACAAUGGAGCCACUACUGAUGUUGGUGAAGUUGACAAUUUUGUUGAUGAUACAAGAACAACAGACGAUGAGUUGAGGAAGAUGCUUGCAGACAUUUUUUCUGAAAACGCUAGCUUACGGAAACAGUUGAACAGUGUCAUACGUCAGGCUUGCAAAAUGGACAUCCCGUCUAAUCAAGACGAUGUCCCUCAAGACAAACUUCACUCGUGA